AAUACGCUAUGCGGGAUCUGGUUAACCGACUUCCAGGAGGCAAUGGUCCGAGCAUCCUGUCCGACGAGACCGUGGCAGCGAUCUGCUGCGCUCUGCAUGAGGUCACUAGUAAAAACAUGGAAAAUGCCAAAGCCCUCGCCGACACCGGAGGAAUAGAAAAGCUGGUGAACAUAACGAAAGGAAGAGGUGACAGAUCGUCACUGAAAGUUGUCAAGGCAGCUGCCCAGGUUCUGAACACGCUAUGGCAAUACCGAGAUCUCCGCAGCAUUUAUAAAAAGGAUGGAUGGAAUCAAAGUCAUUUCAUUACACCAGUAUCAACACUAGAGCGAGAGAGAUUCAAAUCACAUCCUUCGUUAUCAACAACAAAUCAACAGAUGUCACCUGUCAUACAGUCAGUUGGCAGCACGUCCUCAUCACCGGCUUUAUUAGGAAUUAGAGAACCCCGCUCUGAAUACGAUAGAACACAACCUUCUAUGCAGUAUUACAACAGCCAAGGAGACGUCAUUACACACAAAGACAUUUACACUGGUUCCAGCAAAGCUUCACCGAUUUACAUCAGUUCCUACUCCUCACCAGCAAGAGAACAAAACAGACGACUACAGCAUCAGCAAUUGUACUACAGUCAAGAAGAUACCAACAGAAAAAACUAUGAUGCGUACAGAUUAUACCUGCAGUCCCCACAUAGCUAUGAAGAUCCGUAUUUUGAUGAUCGAGUUCACUUUCCUGCUCCUUCAGAUUACACAACACAAUAUGGACUGAAAUCAACCACAAAUUAUGUAGACUUUUACUCCACCAGACGAUCUUCGUAUAGAGCAGAACAGUACCCAGGGUCACCCGACUCCUGGGUGUAGCAUCAAAGACAAAAACCAACAGUGUAUUUCUCAUCCUGCUUGAGAAGAAAUGGAAUGGCCUCAUUUGUUGUUUUGGUUAUGAAAUGUGAAAGUGAAAGAAAAGAAGGAACAUGGAA